AAUACAUCACUAAGCUUCAAUACCAUUCAUUCUUAAAACAAACCUACCGAUUAUAUACUUCUCUCUCUUUCUUCGAAUACCAUAAGUCCAUAACCUUCCUACCACACACACUAGUAGCUAAAUCAAAAUGGCAACUUGCGUUGUUUCAUCAAAUGAGUCUGCAAUCAACGGCAUGGUUGGCAUGGUAGCUAACGUUGAGGUUCCAACCGAAGUUCCACAUAAUGUAGCUGAGAUCGUCCUAGUUCGACAUGGAGAGACCACAUGGAACAAUGCAGGAAGAAUUCAAGGAAGCUUAGAGUCCGAGCUUAAUGAGGCUGGAUGGCAGCAAGCCGAUGCAAUCGCUGCUAGGUUAGGAAAAGAGUUGAAACCUGCUGCUGUAUACUCCUCCGACCUCAAACGUGCUAAAAACACUGCCGAAAUGAUAGCCAAGGCGUGCCAUAUCCCCGAGGUAAUAGAAGUACCAGAUUUGAAAGAGAGGCAUGUAGGAAGCUUACAAGGCUACUACUGGAGUGAGAUUCAAGAGAAAGAGCCUGAGGCUUACCUUGCUUUCUUCUCUUCCGAUAAGGACCUUGAAAUCCCUGGUGGAGGAGAGAGCUUUAAUCAGCUUUGUGAGAGAUCAGUUUCUGCUCUCGAAGAAAUUGCAUCCAAACACAAAGGGGAACGAGUUAUCGUAGUGACUCACGGUGGUAUUUUAAGAGCCAUUUACAUGGCGGUUACUGGUGAAUCUAGUGCAGGAAAAAUAUUGAACGCUUCGAUAAAUGUAGUCCAUCUCACUGAGAAAAAAUGGGUAUUCAAGACAUGGAGUGAUGUUAGCCACCUUAAUGAAGUCGGAUUUCUCCAAAGGGGAUUCAAUGGGGAUGCCUUUGAACACUAAAAUCUACCCAUUUAUAUAAUUAUCUACGUGAGUACUUUAUAGGAUUAAACAGCGGGAGAAAUUAUGAAAAGAGAUUGUGAAGAUCUAAUCAGGAUCAAUCAUUGAUCAUGGGGUUGAAAAUACUGAUCCAAAAUUGAUCCUGAACAGCGCUGAUUAUUUGGACGUUAAUGACAUGUAUGUUUGCUUAAAUAAAUUAGAUUGCAAGUUUUGCAACCCCAUCAUUGUGUACCACUAGUUACCCAAGAAUGCAGUUUUUUAGGAUUAAAUUUUCGCAUGUAUUUCUAUUUAUGAAUUAAAAUGUUUUUGCUUGACCACCCUUAUAUACAAAUAAAUUGAAUUCUUGGUGAA